AGAUGCCGAAUGAAGCCAGCCCAGUAAGUUGGACAAGCUAAAGAUCCAAUCUUUGUGUCGUUUGUUCAGAUUCUCAGCAUCCCCAACAACAAAAGGUUUGAAAUUUGAUCUCUGUUUGGUCCCUUUGUUUGAGUAUCAACAAGGCUUAGGAUUCAUUCACUCACUCACUAGGGUUAAGUGUUUCCCGAGCUCUCUCUGAUACUAUAGUUCAAUACAAAUCUGGAAACUUGGAAUUGGAUUGUUAGAGAAGUUGGUUGUAUCUGUUAAACUUUGCAAAAUGCAACCUCGGAGGCAUGAGGGUUUCAGUAGACAGCAGCCUCCAGAGCCUAAAUUACAUCCUGAGUACCGAUUCGAAUCUGGUGCUGCUGCCAACAACCCUGAUGGUAGUGCUAGUGUUAGUAGGAGGAGACCUGAGGAGGUACACCGGACUAUUAUUAGGAGGAGUUUGAGCCCUCAGCAAGAUCAUCUUGCUGUCAGUCAAAGGAAUGUUGCGAGGAGGGAGUACAGCUGGCAUUUGGGCAGCCGUGGCCGUAGGAUUGAUCCCGUGCGGCGCAGGUCAAGAUCGGGGUCACCGCUGCGGCUGCCUUAUGGUGAACUGAGGAAAAUGUCACAAUUUGAGGAGGAAGAGGAAGACGGGGAUUUUCGUAGGAGUUAUUCACCGCCACCACCAGUACCUGUUCCGGUGUCUGUUCCUUUGGAGUUAAAACAGAGACAUGACGGAGGUGAGGCUGGGAGUUAUGGUGGCAGUGAUGAUCUAAAUGGUAGGCGAGUUUAUGGCUCUGAGCAUAAUGAUUUUGGAAUCAGUAAAGAGGAACUGAAUGAAAGCAGAUUGUUAGCUGGCGGUAAACAUGGGACGUUAGGUCAAAAAUCAAUCCAUAUAGAAGAUAGUGCUGUAAGAGGAUCAAAAACCGUGUUCAUUGAAGGUGACACUGUGCCAGGAGCAUAUCAUUCUCCUCCAAGCCUUGGUCCUGUUAUAACUCAAAGGGCAAGGGGUGGCUGCCUACCAUCAUCAACGCGUGGCAUGAGUGUACGUCGAUCUGACCAAGAAAGGCUUCAUUAUUCGCACCCUGUAUCUUUGGAUAGAUUACCAGUGACAGAAGUCUACAAAGAAGGAAAGAAACCCGCUUUUCCUACAAGGGAUGGCUUCCAUUCCAUGAUGUCAGGAUCUCAUUCCAAGGAUUACUUUGCUAGCUCCUCAACAGGGUUGAGGAAUGACUUCCAAGAUCCCUAUCGGCAUGACCAGCACAUGCCUUCUUUGGAGGAAUUUUCAAGAAGUAGAAAACUAAAAGAUUCGGUAAGCAUUAAUGCAUAUAGGGAAAGACCGGUAGUAGAGUUUGCUCGAGAUCCUGAUUCUGGGCAGAAGAAUCUGAAAUUUUACCAGAGAGAUAGUCCUACUAGAGUUGAGUAUGAUGAUGACUAUUAUUUCUACCCGAACUCAAGGGGAAUGAUAUUUGAUGAUCGUGAGCUUCCAUCUGAUCACUUACACAAAGUUAUGCAUCCACGAGUACCACUUGACUAUGACCAUUCUCGAAUUGGAUAUGAUCACAGAACUGUGUCAAGAUCUAGUACCAUGCUCCCUGUUGUGGACAGAAUUGAUAAUAUUGAGGAUUAUUCUGGAAAUUCGAGAAAGGGCAUUGUGCUGAAUACUUCUACUUUAGAAAGGCACACACUAUCAGACUACCCAGAUAGAAGCAGAAUAUCAAGUACAUCAAAGCAGGGUGGAGAAUAUAUGGGUUCUGGACACAUGCAUGGCAAGUCUGGAAGGAGAAUAUCACAAGACUAUGAAAUAAAUCAUUUGGGUGCAGCGCAAGUUUGUCAAAUCUCACAUCUGAAAGAAGAUUAUGGUAUUGAAAGAGAAAGAAACCUGAAGUUUCAGGACAGGCAGUCUCCUGUGACCAAAUACGACGCGGAAAAGCAUAGAAAUACUAUUAGAAUGCAGAGUAUAAGAGACAAGCUUGGAGUAUAUGAACCAUCAGAUAGGAUGCUGAAAAGAAAAUAUGUUAAUGAAGAGCAUGGAAGUAUCCAUAAUCCUAGAGAAAUUAUGUCAGGUAACUGGAAUACAUCUAGAGAGUUUCAAGAUUGGUAUGAUAGUGGUGAAGAGUGGAAUGGUGAAGAUGUAGGGUCUGUGUAUACAUCUAGAUCAGCAAGAGUGGGCCAUAAUGAAUACUCUAAGGCCAAGAGGAAAUACACUGGAAUAGACCAGUAUGAUGAAUUUGCAUCAGAUGAUCGGCUGCUGUCUCAAGACUCUUUGGCGCAUUCACAAAGGCACUCAGUUAGAUAUUAUAAAAAUGGUGAUCAGUAUGGCAAGGGCCACCAAAACUAUGGUUCAUUAAGUAGGCAUAGGUCACAGCAAGUUGACAUAAAAAGUGGCUUUCACAAACAGCACAAAGUUUGGAAGAGAAGUGAUAAUUAUCUAGAGGAUGACCUCGUAGGUGAUGAUAAUGAUGCUGAUCCAUCAGAAGAUGGGCUGAGUUCUGCAGCUCUUGAGCCAUCAGAGGAUUCUGAGGAGUUUAUGCAAUUGGUACACGAAGCCUUCCUAAGAUACUCUAAACAAUUAAAUAUGCACCAGGGUGUUCGGAGGAGAUACAUGGAACAAGGAAAGGCUGGAACUUUGUUCUGCAUCGUAUGUGGCCGAAGCUUCUCGAAGGAGUUCAUGGACACUCAACGAUUGGUUACACAUGCAUUUAUGUCUAAAAAAGCUGGGUUGAGAGCACAACACUUGGGACUUCUCAAAGCAGUUUGUGCUCUGUUGGGGUGGAGUACUGCUAUCCCCACUGACAUUGUACUGUGGGUUCCCCAAGUCUUGCCGCAGGCAGAAGCUUUGGCUCAGAAGGAAGAUUUGAUUCUUUGGCCUCCAGUCAUCAUUAUCCACAAUGUUUCUAUGUCAGACAACAAUCCUGAAAAUUGGAAGGUUGUAAGUAUUGAAGAUCUUGAGGCUUUUCUAAGAGGUAAAGGUUUAAUUAGGGGGCGAAUCAAGAUGUGCCUGGGGAAGCCUGCUGAUCAAAGUGUUGUGUUGGUGAAGUUCUUGGGAACUUUCACUGGGCUUGGGAAUGCAGAGAGGAUUCAUAAGUACUUUGCAGAGCAGAACCGUGGCAGAGCAGACUUUGAGCGAGCAACCUCCAACAACGGAAAUAUAGUUGAAGCAGGAAUCCCAGGUGACAGUGUGGAGGAGCGACUUUUACAUGGAUAUAUGGGGAUUGCAGAGGACUUAGACAAAGUAGAUUUUAAUACCAGGAACUGGAGUUUGAUAAAGAGCAAGAAGGAGAUUCAGGACUUGGCCAAUGCUCCUGUUAAACCUUGAUGAGAGAGGUAGCUUUAUAUGUGGGUACAGAUACUAAUUUAGGACUGGAUAACGCUAUACAGCCGAACAGUUCUAUUAAUCUGACAUGUAAUGUGGAUUUCUUUGGAAAUAUGUGGGACUGGUGUGAUUGUAUAAUGUCCUAGGUUGGAGAGAACAGUUGAGUUACAUUCACGAUUUAUGAUCAUGUUUAAAGGAGAACAAGAAGGAAUAUUUUGUAAAAAUUGAAUGAACUCUAUUAAGAACUUGUUGCAAGG